GUGGACUAGUUACGAACGCGGUGGUCAGCUUCGCAUUGUGGCCCCCCGAAACGCGGCGGCUCCCGCGUGCCUUCGACGCGCCGUGCAAGCCGGCAAAUCUUCGCUCUUGCUUCUCCAGUGCCGGUGCUGUGGGCAGCGGAUCGAAUCGACCGUGUCGCAUUCUUGAACUUGGCGUGAUUACGACCGAGCCUCCCGACAGAUACGAUGUCGCUACUAGCGCCCGCAAUAAUGACGCCGAUCAUGGACCUUUAUAGGUACGUGCUCUCUAAACGGGACCCGCGCACGGAAGGCUGGACCCUCGUGGCCGAUCCCAAGUUUGUGUUCCCGCUGCUGUUUGGCUACAUCUUCGUGGUCAAGAUCGGUGGCCCGCGAUGGAUGAUGAACCGCAAGCCAUUCGAGCUCAAGCCCAUCAUCAUGGUCUACAACUUGGCGAUGGUGAUCGCCAACAUGUUCUUCUUUUACCAGUACGUUCGCCACUCGUACCUGGGCGGAGGUUACAACGUCUUCUGCCAGGGCGUCAGCUAUUCCCGUGAGGAGAACGCCAUGACCAUUCUCAACCUGACGUGGUGGUACCUGUUCGUGCGCAUCGCCGACUUCUUCGACACCUUCUUCUUCUUGGCGAGGAAGAAGUUCUCCCACAUCACGGUGCUUCACGUACUUCAUCAUUUCCUCGUGGUGUUCAGCGGCUGGCUCUGGAUCACCUUCGGGUGCGACGGUCAAGUGUUAAUGGGCAUCUGCUUCAACUCGUUCAUCCACAUCAUCAUGUAUUCAUACUACUUUCUCAGUGCCCUCGGUCCUGCGGUGCAGAAGUACUUGUGGUGGAAAAAGUACCUUACUCGUCUGCAGAUCUUCCAGUUCGUCUUUCUUACCCUGCACGUGUCAAUACCAAUCUUCUAUGACUGCGGGUACCCGAUGGUACUUACCGUGCUCGCGUCGGCGCAAGGCACCCUGGGACUAGUGCUGUUCAUUAACUUUUACAUCAACGCUUAUGCCUCAAACAGAAACUUGGACUUCUGCACAGUGCAAGGAGACAAAAGGGACUGACCACUAUGAGGUGCGUGGCUCUUUGAGUCGUUUGUGAAAAGAGCGGUACCGCACACGGAAGGUGGCUUCGGUGAACACUGUCGUAACGGGUUUCAACUCUAGUUGUAAAACGCGAGGCGAACUGCAGUCGGGAAUGCCAACUUGAUCAUUGACAGAGCUCCCACGCAGAAGUUAUAAAGCCUCUCAUUCGCAAGAACCCAUUUCUCUUGCGCUGUCAUGCUUCGCACGGGCUUUCCUUACGAAGUGUUCUUGCGCACGAGCGGUUUCGUGAACUCGGGUUUAGCUUGUUGUUACGUACCUUGCAUUUCUAGUUUGUCACGGCUUCACUCACAUUUGCUGUUCAUGUAUUGUGUUUUUCACCGGUGUUAUUGCGAGCGCUUAUAUUUUUUUUUUUGUGUGUGUGUAUGUGUGCGACAUAAUUUUUCGUAACUUUCAGUAUUUCAUGCUGUAAACUCGAGCAACCGCUCACCACCGAUGUAACAGAGGCAUUGCCGUUAGUAUUUGUUGCAUUCUUACCGGAACUAAAUUUACCCUCUAUAGCGUAACGCCGUAAACCUCUUGUAGAUGGUCGCUAACAUCGUAAUGACGUCAUUGUAUCAUUUAUGUGAGGAGGAAAUCGAUGCUAUAAAGGACAGUUACAAAAGGAUAAGGAUCGUUCGGCUUCUGCGCAGCAUAACUUGAGUAGAUGGCCGCAGUGCUUCAGCCGAAAAAUCACCCAUAACCACAAGUACCGCUAAAAAUGCCUUCAGAAGCGACAUUAGAUCACCUCAAUUCUUCACGUACACCCAAUCAAAAGAGAGAAAAGAAAUUAACGGAGAAAAUUUAUCAUCUUGGUUAAUUACGGCAAAAAGCUAGUCAUCGUAAUCCAUAGCUAUGAGGAUGAAGACGUUCGGUGAAUAAAGAUGCCACAAGUGUUUCCAACCACUGAGGCAAGGUGAGAGUGCUUGUUUAACAUUUCUUUUGUAACUGGUGGCAAGAAUAAAUGUUCUAAAUGCUCAUGA